AGUUUUUCUAUUGGUGUGUUCCAAACAUGGAGGCGGAUCUUGCCCGAGCACCUCUGGUCAAAAACAAGUACCGUGCACUGUACCAACUGGAGGACGUGCUGAGUUGUUUUUAAAAAAUACUACUAAUUUACUAUUAUUUAAACAUGAGGAGAAUUACUGCUGCAAAUGGACGGGUUUAGAUAGCAUUCAGGGCACUCUAUGUUGAUCCGAGUCAGUAGGAGGUGAUGAAUCCCCCAGCUGAGAUGUCUCCUCCCACCGCCCCUGUCGCCACAGAGACACGGAGCAUGACCUCUGACCCGUCCCACCUCGGAACUCUGGGUUGUAAUGUCCGACUGAAGGCAGCCACACCUAACAGCACAGGUUGUACCUGGCUGGUUGUCCUAGCAGCGAUAGCUGCGUCUCUCAGUGGCUUGAUGUUGGGCUAUGAAUUAGGCCUGACCUCCGGGGUCCUGCUCCAGCUAAGGGGUAUCCUCUCUCUGUCAUGCCGGGAACAGGAGCUCCUGGUGGGGUCUCUGCUGCUGGGCUGUCUGGUGAUCUCCAUUGUUGGAGGCUGGGGCCUGGACCGCUACGGACGGCGCUGGUCCAUGCUUCUGUCCGGAGGCCUGGUGGCUGGGGGUACCUUGCUACUACUGCUCCCGGCCUCGCUCACCACGCUGUCGCUCGGCCGCGCCGUGGUUGGCAUGGGGACAGCGCUGUCGGGUACGGCGGCGUGCAUGUACAUAGCAGAGAUUGCGCCACGGGAGCGCCGUGGGUUGUUAGUGACACUGUACGAGCUGAUGGUGGUUGUCGGGGUAUUGCUAGGUUUCGGGUGUAGCUACGCAUUCUCUGCGCUGCCUAAUGGGUGGAGGUACACCUUCGGUCUUGUCCUCCCGCCAGCCGUUCUACAGGCUGCUGCCCUCGUCCUCCUCCCACCCAGCCCGCGCUUCCUCGUUGCCAGGGGCGACUCGGCGCGGGCCAAGGAGGUGCUGGUCCGUCUGAGGGGCGUGGCCAGCAGGGAGACCGUGGAGGAGGAGCUACGGGGCAUCCAGGCGGGGCUUAAGGAGGAAGCGGAGCACGGUUUCCGAGAGCUGUUCAGCGACAAGGCUAACCUGCGCCGGCGAUUGCUAACGGGCGUGGCUCUAGUGUUCCUGCAGCAGACUACGGGUCAGCCCAACCUCCUCUCGUACGCCUCGCCACUACUACGCAGCGUGGGUUUCCAUAGCGAUGCCGCCGCCAACCUCGCCUCUACGGGCUUCGGCGUAGUGAAAGUGGUGGGGACGGUUCCCGCCGUCCUGUUGGUCGACAGGGUCGGGCCCAAGAGCUUCCUGUGUGUCGGUGCGGUCGCCAUGGGGAUGUCGCUGGUGACACUAGGGGCGGUGACCUUGCAGAGCCACACCCAUCUCACCAGCAUAUGCCAGAGCCCUGUGGGGCUGAACCACACCUACCAGGGGCGGGACUUAAACACUCCUUCCUCCGGAUUGGACUAUAACUCUUUUAAAUUAAUCACGCCCCCUCCUGGUGAGAGCCAAUGGAAUGGCAGUGACUCUGCGGAGGCUCUGGGGACUAAGAGAGAGGAUGCUGGGAUGGGGUCAGGGGUUAGGGGUCGGGGUCACGUGAAGUGGAUCUCACUUGUCAGCCUCCUGGUGUAUGUAGCUGCUUUCUCCUUCAGCCUCGGACCAAUGGUGUAUGUGGUGCUGAGUGAGAUCUUCCCUACAGGGGUCAGAGGUAAAGCCGUGUCUGUCGUGUCGGCUGUCAACUGGGCCACCAACCUCCUCAUGUCCAUGACCUUCCUCUCUGCCACAGGUACAGUAUAGCUGAGGUACAGUACAGCUGAGGUACAGUACAGCUGAGGUACAGUACAGCUGAGGUACAGUACAGCUGA